CUUAGCGUUGCCGGCGAUCGCGCCGUGUACAUCGAAGCGCCUUGCGGCAGAAGAGCGGCGCCCUUGACUGCGGCGGGGACCUUGGAGUCGCUGUUGGGGAUCGCGGAAUUCUCCCGCUCGCCAUCGUCGCUACCCGUGGACGCGCAGGACGCUUGGCGAUCACGGUGUUGCAGUCGACUUCAGCCGUUCUGAAGAAAAGGUCUCGCUACUUUCCACCACAGGACAAAACUGAAGGAUGACCCAGUGGCGGCAACUGAGCGUGCAAGAAUCGAUCUUGGCUUCAGCAGUACGCCAACACUAUGAAGCAGAAAGCGCCGUCCGUGCCCCUUACUAAGGGGCAGGUUGGAAACGGCACCUUUAGAUGCCAGCUCGCUCUUGGCCAGUCUGCAAAUGUGAGUGAAGCGCAAGGACAUGGCAGCCCGGACUCCCGAACAUAGGCUCUUCGCAGUGACGGCGACUAGCUCAUGAGCGACGUGUCCACGCGAUCACCUGAGGGCAGCUUUUAUCGAGAAGUAGGACACCGCAAUGAAGUGUUCCAGCGUAGCCUUGGGCCUCGCCGCAGCACAGCUUGUGGCGGGCUUGGGCCUGACCGUGCUCCCCAUCCACACCAUGCUCAAGCUGCCGUCUCUAGCCACUAGGGACUGUCCACUGUGGGCCGCUGGACCGUUGCUGUGCGCCGGCAUCAUUGGCAUAAUCGCGGUGUACAGCAACACAAACUACAAGAGCCAGAACAACCGCAAGCCCAUCUUCAUACUCAAGAUAGUGAGUUUCGCGCUGAGCAGCCUCAGCGGCGUUCUGUGCCUGGUGGCCGCUGCCUUCCUGGUGCUGCACGUGCUGCUCUACAUCGACCGGUACACGCAGUGCCGCGACGACCCGAUGCGCCGGCAGUGCCUGUGCGCACUCGCCGAAGGAGCCGCACGCUUCUACCGAUACGACAGAGUCACGUGCCUGCAGGUUCACAGCACCGUCAAAGGCUUGUUCUACACGACGGCCGCAGUGUCAGUGCUGGGCGGUGUGUGCAGCCUGUGGUACCUGACCCUGCUGUGGAGCAGCCGCUACGUGUACUUCAAUGCGGGGCUGCGUCGUACCCUCGUCGACCCGCUGCCGGGAGGCGGAGACAUGGCCGGCGAGCAGUACUCGGCGGCCGAAGCCGAGCACAAUGAUGCGCCGCCGCGACGGCUGCCGCAGUUAACAGUGUCGCCGUCGUGACCCUCACCGCAGGCGUGAAUGCCCGAGGCGUUCGAAUCGCUUUGUCGCGGCAGAGGCGCCAUGGCACACAUAAGCGAAGGGCAUCAGGAUAGAAUGGAGGCAUGUCACUUGAACUGUAGAUUUACCAUUGCCGACAGAGGACGUGAGUCAGUUCUUUAUACAGCUGUUCUCAGUGGCUGUCCGUGACUGGACCCUCUCGACAUGUGCAGCAGUGUCUCAAUGUUACACGACCACUACGGCCACCAGUUUGCGUCGUGCACUGUCGUCCUGCAGAACGGUGGCUCUGUAUUUUACGUUGUUUUGUCAUUCUUUCUGCCCGUGCCCAUCUCUUGCACUGCACCUCAGCCUAAUUCAAUAGGAGUGACCAACGAGCAGACGUUGCCGCCCCUGCUGAACGUGAGGUUCGCUGAAAUGCCGAGGAAAAAUAUUGAAGCCAGGUGUGUGACGAGGUAAUCGACACCAGGCAGAUGUGCACUAAAAGAAGAGACGGUCACAGCGCUUGUGUUCGUCUCUUCUUUACGUCCUGCGUCGUUUAGCACGAUGCUGCCUGAAAUGGAAAAAUAUUGACGUUAUAAUUUUGUUCAGGUCAAGUCAUCGAGGAUCGAAUGGCCAACUUGGAACCCUCAUGUCUGACGGUGGACUAUGAACAGUACUGAAACCAAAGCUACUCUCUUGUGUAUGCUUUGUGACGCUUCCGAUCGCUCCUGCAGGCGAACGACCUGCGACUGAAUAAACUCCAGGCCAGCUUUCGGCGUCCUCGCACAGGUAGCACACGCUUCUCGCAAGCGCGCAUUUUUUCUGUAGACGAGGCGACGUUUUGAGCAGACAUAACACCCUUCAUCGUCCUUUGUACCUGUUUCUUAUGCUGCCAUUUCUCUUGGACAUAUUUGCAUCAAAAAGCACGCCAUCGCGCCAUUAAAGAUGAAAACCUUCUCGGAAGUAUUUCUUUGUCUUCGUAAUUACCGUUGCGUCCACAGAGACUAACGACACUGCAUGGUACAUCGCGCAUGGCUACCUACAAUAUUACGAACGCCGUAAGCAUGUGCUGCAUAGCGCCUGGAUUCCGCGCUCCAGGGGCGUCCCUUGAGGGACUUGUGAGGGUGCAGUCACGUUUGCUCGUUAUGUGCACGUGGCGUCAGGGUCUUGGGCAUGCUCAGCCUGCGAAUUCGACAUAACAAAAAGAAGUGCGCGUCCUGCGUCAUAACGCUAAAUGUGCAGAUGUCCCAACUCUAAACGCUUCCUUUAGGAACGAUGAUUGAUCUACAUAUUAGGCGUCACCAGCGUCUCCCACUGAUAUGCAUGAACUGUUGCCUGUCCUGUGUUACUUGGUGAAGAAAA